UCUAUCUGGGCACUUGUAUAAAAGGCCGUCCCUGCCUCAUACUGUGGACAAGACAGCUGUAAGCCUGCAAGCUCACUCCUACAUCUGGGAUCACACUGGAUCUGCAAACUCAGAGCCAGGUUCCCACCAAGCUGAAGCCAUGAGGGUCCAGAGCCUCACCCUUCUCUCCCUCCUCCUUCUGGCUGCUCUGGUGCUCUCGGUGGAGGCCGAAAAAGAAAGAAAGAAACGACAUGGCAGUAAAGCCAGCACAGAUAAAUUGCAUGCUCCGGGCAAGCCCCAGAUGGAGCCGAGAAGCCAGCCAUCCAAGCACCUGACCAAAGGCAAGUUUGUUACCCAAGACCACGCCAACUGCAGAUGGGCGGUGACUGAGCAGGAGGAGGGCAUUGCCCUGAAGGUCGAGUGCACUCGGCAGGACAAUAAGUUUUCCUGUUUCUUCACUGGCAAUCCAACCUCAUGCUUUGAGUCAAACCAAAAGAACGUCUAUUGGAAACAAAUUGGCCGGAACCUACGCUCUCAAAAGAUCAUCUGUGGGGACUCCAAGAGCGUCCUGAAGACCAGGGUGUGCAGAAAGAAGUUUCCAGAAUCCAAUCUCAAGCUGGUGAACUCCACUCUGAUUAGAAACCAGAAAUCCAGCCAGAAGUUAAUGAAGCCUUCUACCGAAGAGCAGAGUGAGGUCGAAAAGACCACCCUUUCCAGCCCAGCAAAGACUCAGACCACGGCCACCAAUUAUUCCAAGUGUGUGGAGGACCCAGACUUGGUAAACCAGAGGAAGAUAGCUUUAGACUACUGUGGGGAGUCCUGGAGCUUUUUCUGCAAUUUCUUCAUCUCCAUGAUACAGGGCAGUUCAUGUUAAUGAAGUCAAAAUUGAACAGAGCCCACUAGGAGGUGCCAUGUCAAAACUUUUCCAUGUGCUGUAAAGAUCUCCUGGUUACCUGUAAGAUGAACAUUUGUGCUAUGAGAGUGCAACAGUUUAUUUAAACAGAUUUUGUAAUUUUUGCUUUUGUGUUUUGGUAUUUGUUUUAUAUUCAUUUCCUGAGAUGUGAUUUCCAGAGGCUGUUGACCUCUGUAUGUUUCCAUGACCCCUAAAGCUAUGUUUAUAUGAGCACUAAGGACCAGUCUUUGAGCUGAAUGAGUCAGAGUGAUGAUUUCAGUUCAAUGCACUUUCUGCACAAUUAACAAACAUAAUAAAGCUCUGUGUGUUUUUCAGA